UGGGCGGGUCCGGCGGCUCCUGCGCGUCGGGGCCCCAGCCGCGGUGGGAGGAGCCGGCGGCUUCUCCCUGGUAACCGUCGCGCCGCCGCGGCCCCGCCUCGCAGGCCUCCCGGCGGUCCUCGCCUUUGGGGUGCUCGGGCCCCGGCACCCCGGAAGUGCCCCGCGGCCUCUCGGAGACCCCCGCCCCCGCCGCCGCCGCCGCCGCCGCCGCCAUGCAAGGGGAGGACGCCAGAUACCUCAAGAGGAAAGUUAAAGGAGGGAAUAUUGAUGUACACCCAUCAGAAAAGGCGCUCAUUGUCCAGUAUGAAGUGGAGGCCACCAUUCUUGGAGAAAUGGGGGAUCCCAUGUUAGGAGAACGAAAGGAAUGCCAAAAAAUUAUUCGUCUGAAAAGUCUGAAUGCUAACACAGAUAUAACUUCUCUGGCUCGAAAAGUGGUUGAAGAGUGUAAACUCAUCCACCCCUCCAAAUUGAACGAUGUGGAGCAGCUGUUGUACUACCUACAGAACCGCCGGGUUUCGUGGUCAGGGAAAGAAAAGAAAGAAAAAUCAAGCAAGCCCAAAGAUCCACCUCCUUUUGAAGGAAUGGAAAUUGAUGAGAUUGCUAACAUAAAUGAUAUGGAUGAAUACAUUGAGUUAUUAUAUGAAGAUAUUCCUGACAAGGUUCGGGGUUCUGCUCUGAUCUUGCAGCUUGCUCGAAAUCCUGAUAACUUGGAAGAACUACUAUUGAAUGAAACUGCCCUUGGUGCACUAGCAAGAGUCCUAAGAGAAGACUGGAAACAGAGUGUCGAGUUAGCCACAAACAUAAUCUAUAUCUUUUUCUGCUUUUCCAGCUUUUCUCAGUUUCAUGGACUUAUCACUCACUAUAAAAUUGGAGCUCUGUGUAUGAAUAUCAUUGAUCAUGAGUUAAAGAGACAUGAGCUCUGGCAAGAAGAACUCUCUAAAAAGAAGAAAGCUGUUGAUGAAGACCUUGAAAAUCAGACCUUGAAAAAGGAUUAUGAAAAAACAUUUAAAAAAUACCAGGGGCUUGUGGUAAAACAGGAGCAGCUACUGCGAGUUGCUCUUUAUUUGCUUCUAAAUCUUGCUGAGGAUACUCGCACAGAACUGAAGAUGAGAAAUAAGAAUAUUGUUCACAUGCUGGUGAAGGCUCUUGAUCGGGACAAUUUUGAGCUGCUCAUUCUCGUUGUAUCAUUCUUAAAGAAACUCAGCAUUUUUAUGGAGAAUAAAAAUGAUAUGGUAGAAAUGGAUAUUGUUGAAAAACUGGUAAAAAUGAUACCGUGUGAGCAUGAAGAUCUCCUGAAUAUCACCCUCCGGCUUUUACUCAACCUGUCCUUCGACACAGGACUAAGGAAUAAGAUGGUACAAGUUGGACUUCUUCCAAAGCUCACUGCACUCCUAGGCAAUGAAAACUACAAACAGAUUGCAAUGUGUGUACUUUACCAUAUAAGCAUGGAUGACCGCUUUAAAUCUAUGUUUGCAUACACAGACUGCAUACCACAGUUAAUGAAGAUGCUCUUUGAAUGUUCAGAUGAACGAAUUGACUUGGAACUGAUUUCCUUUUGCAUUAAUCUUGCUGCUAACAAGAGAAAUGUACAGCUUAUCUGUGAAGGAAAUGGAUUGAAGAUGCUCAUGAAAAGGGCCCUAAAGUUCAAGGACCCGUUACUGAUGAAAAUGAUUAGGAACAUUUCCCAGCAUGACGGACCGACCAAAAAGCUGUUUAUUGAUUAUGUUGGGGACCUUGCAGCUCAGAUCUCCAGCGAUGAAGAGGAGGAAUUUGUGAUUGAGUGUUUGGGAACUCUGGCAAAUCUUACCAUUCCAGAUUUAGACUGGGAACUGGUUCUGAAGGAGUACAAGUUAGUUCCAUACCUUAAGGAUAAACUAAAGCCAGGUACUGCAGAAGAUGACCUCGUUUUAGAAGUGGUGAUAAUGAUUGGAACUGUGUCUAUGGAUGAUUCUUGUGCUGCACUGCUAGCUAAAUCUGGGAUAAUCCCUGCACUGAUUGAAUUACUCAAUGCUCAACAAGAAGAUGAUGAAUUUGUAUGCCAGAUAAUUUAUGUCUUCUACCAGAUGGUUUUCCACCAAGCCACAAGAGAUGUUAUAAUCAAGGAAACACAAGCUCCAGCAUAUCUCAUAGACCUGAUGCAUGAUAAAAAUAAUGAAAUCAGGAAGGUCUGUGACAAUACAUUAGAUAUAAUAGCGGAAUAUGAUGAAGAAUGGGCAAAGAAAAUUCAGAGUGAAAAGUUUCGCUGGCAUAAUUCUCAGUGGCUGGAGAUGGUCGAGAGCCGCCAGAUGGACGAGAGUGAGCAGUACUUGUAUGGUGAUGACCGAAUUGAGCCGUACAUCCAUGAAGGAGAUAUUCUGGAAAGACCUGACCUUUUCUACAACUCAGAUGGAUUAAUUACCUCCGAAGGAGCCAUAAGUCCAGACUUCUUCAGUGACUAUCACCUUCAGAAUGGAGAUGUGGCUGGGCAGCAUGCGUUUUCUGGCAGCCUUGCAAUGGAUAGCUUUGGCCAGCCGGUGGGCAUCCUGACACGCCCUGCUACCGCUUACGGAUUCCGCCCCGAUGAGCCUUACUACUACGGCUAUGGACCUCGAUAAAGUCAUCCCUGUGCGCGCUCCUCCUAGAAGAAAUCCCUGUGGGUUGGGUUAACUUUGAAACUUGGCCUAAUAAUGCAUGUUGAUACUAUUGUGGGUCUGUGCUUCUUAUGUGUCCACGUUGUUUGCUGGAGAGUAAGUCCAACCCCCCUGUCUUCUGUUACGAGCGGCCGAUGCGAACGCUGCUCAUUCAGCCAGCAGCAUCACCGUGCUGAACACCACUUCUCUGAGACUCCCUGUGGAUGGUGAAAAGCUACUAGACUGGAAAACAAAUGCUACCUUGUGCGUAUUACGUGACUAAUUUAAUUUCUAUUAAAACCCAGCAUAAAGUGCAAAUGAAUGAACCAAAGUCAUGUGUUUGCCUUUACUGUGUUUUAUUAGAAGAGGCAUGCCGCAUAGGGUACACAUGAAUUUCAUUUUCUCCCUGCUUAUAAACUCUUUAGCAUUUCAUGUGACAUGUUCUCUGUUUAAAGUUUAUUAAAAGAAGGACCUUGGGUUUUUUUUUUUUUUUUUUUGAGACAGUGUUUCACUAUGUAGACCAGCCUGGCCUUGACUCUGUAAUCCUCCCUCUCCUCCUGCCUCCGCCUCCACCGUGCGUCACGCCUCCCGCAGAGCCUCCGCCCCUUACUUCAUCCUGUACCUGAAAGCGUCCUCCACCAAGUGAUUAACUGUGAGCUUUUAUUAACAGUGGAACCUAUGCUGUAAGUGGCGGUAAAGAUCAAGUAUAGUCUCUUAAGCAAUUUGAUUUCCUGACUAAUAACAAAGCCUCCGACAACUAACACAAAUAAAACUGGAUUUAUGUCA